GCUCGGGUCACUUUUUCUCCAGCGGUGAAGUUCAGUUUUUAGCGACAAUAUGGAGUUUUGGUACAUCUACAAUCCUUUGUUGGGCGUGGAAAACAUUCGUAGAAUCGCCAUUUCUGCCAAGGAGAGUUUAGAAUCCGUGCUGGAAAAUGUGGAAGGAAGAAUUUCGGUUGGAUACCCGGCGGGUGGUGAAGAAAUCGAGAACUUAAUCGUGCAGUCCCAAGAUGUAGUCGGUAAUAAGCUCUUGAGGCUGAAAUCAUUUAAAAAGGUUAGGCAACUGUACUUGGUUAGCAAUUUGGAGACGUUGAGUGAGGGUUUACUUGAUGGACUGGAUGAUUUGCAAACUCUCUACAUCUCUAAAUGUACCGCACUCAACUGCAUUGAGCGUGGAUUCUUUAAGAACAAAAGUAACCUGAAGAAGCUUUCCAUCACCAACAGCAAACUUCAAUUGCAACCAGGUAUGUUGAAAGGAAUGCCUAAUUUAAAAGAGUUGGAUUUGAGCAGAAAUCAGAUUGAGGAAUUGCCAGUUAGUUUAUUCACGGACGUUCCCGACAUUGAGACCCUGACCCUGGCGCAUAACGACAUCAAAAACCUACCAACAAAGGUGUUUUACGGGCUUCCGUUCUUAGUCGAUCUCAACCUGAGCUUUAAUAAGCUUAGGGGCUGGAACGACGAAGCCUUCUCCUACGUGAACAUGCUUCUCCAUCUCAACAUCAGCAACAACGCGAUAAAGGAGCUCACCCCGGCCUCCUUCAAGAGACUAAACUCUCUCGUCACCCUCAACCUGGACGGCAACUACCUCGAAAGUUUAGAAAAGGACAGCUUCAUCGGUUUACCACGCUUGGACCACCUCAGCGUCAACAACAACAAGCUUCAAGAAAUCCACAGCUACACCUUCGAUGCCAUUCGCAAGCUCAAGGUCUUGCUAUUGGAAAACAACGAAAUUUCCAUCUUCGGCCCCGAAGUCUUCCACAACUUGGGCAAGGUCGAGUUUUUCACCUGCAAUCGCAAUAGCACCCCCAAACUCGAACUCGAUACCUUCAGAGGCUUCUCGGGGGUAACCACUUUACACCUGACCAACAUGAACAUCGAAACCUUAGAUGAAGAUUGGUGUUCCGGUUUGUAUUCCGUCACCGAUCUCGACUUGAGCCAAAACAGACUCACUCACCUCCCGUCGUGCGCAUUCCGCUGCACCAAAGCGCUGACUAAGCUAAACCUGCGCGACAACCUCAUCGAAACCGUCGACACGCGGACAUUCGACACCGUCUUCAAUUUGCAGCACCUGGACCUAUCCAACAACAAACUGCGACAAGUUCCCAGCAACAGCUACGACAACUUGUGCAGCGUCCUAACCCUAAACUUGGCGCACAAUCUCAUCGUCGCCCUGAACCCGACGUCACUGAUCGCCUUCAGGGGAAUAAACCAGCUGGACCUGUCCCAUAACCGAAUCGAGACCAUCGAACCGGAGACCUUCCUCGCGACCCCCAAGCUCGCGACCCUCAACGUCAGCUUUGGCAACGUGCCGGCGGCCACCGUCUGGUUCACAUCGGUCAGUUUCGUUUACGGAUCCGUCGCGAAGCUGCCUGGCAAGUUGCAGGCCUUGACAAGGCUCGACAUCGACCCUUGCGGUCUGACGCACAUCGAAUUCGACUGCGAUAAAUGCACGUCAACCGUCCUGAGGAAGUACGACGACGAUUCGAAGACGGAAACGUGGUCGUCCAAGACCGACUCUGAAGACGUUGCCAAAGUGAGGGAGUUAAUUAGGAACUAUAUUAAUUAAUGAGUAUUUUUGGCUGUAAUAUUUUAAUAAAGAUUUUUGAUCUAACUCAA